AACAAACAAAUCUUAAGGGGCAGACACUUAGGGGGGAAAAAUGAAGUCUAUUUUAGACAUACUGUAUAUGAGACGAUGACAGGACAUUUGAGGGGAGAAUGUGUGUACACAUUCAACUACACAAAAGCAUUUUCUGUCCCAUAUAAUCUAAGUUUACUAGGUAUUUUCCCAAAUUGUUGCAGUUCCACAAUUUGAGAUGUGGAUGACACAUACAUAACGCUGUUGCUUUUAUCUGACCAAUAUUCCAGUCUCCAAACUCAUGUUAUCAAACAGCCUGUGAUAUACAAAUAAAAUUUUUAGUGAAGACAUGAAUGCUGCAGGGAAAAUGCCACUUCAUCUUCUUCUAAGUGAAACUAAUUAAUGUAUCAUUCAAAAGCAUACAGCAGGCAUAAAUAAUGAGCAUAAUGUCAAAAGGCGUUGAGCAGAAAACCCUCCCUGCCCUGGAGGCGGGGAUUUGCUCCACAAAGCCUCCAGUCAGGCCGAUGGCUGAUUAGACCAGUUAGAGCUUUUGUUUUUUUGUUUUUUUCCCCUGUGACAUGUGCUUUAGUUGCAGUGGAAAGGAAAUGUGUCAUCUGUGGUUUGGUUUUAAAACUGGAAAGCUAGCCGUACAUAUCCUUUUUUACUGCAGAUUUACUUUUAAGGUUCAUGGUCUCUAAAUCUGUUAUGCCGUAAAUUACAUGGAAGCUGUGCUUCAAGACAAGAAAAGAAGUGGCUUAUUAAAAUCAGGUUAUAAUCAGAUCUUGACAAGCAUUUUGUAAGUUUGUUUAUUUGGGGAUGACAGUACCUCUGGAUGAAGACAAUCAACAGCAGGCCUAUUAUCUACCCCAGGAGUACCAGUAUAUUCAUGAACAUGGACCACAUAAGACAUUACCUGCAUCUUGCCUUUCUGACGACAACAGUUUUUUCUUUGUCUCUUGGAACAAAAGCAAACUAUAGCCAUCUGUGGGCUCACAACACUACUGUCUGGGAUCCAGAUAUUCAAAAUAAGACAGGCAGACACCAAAAUGAAAACAUUAACGCAAACCCUACAACUCCUGAAGCAGAUAAAAAAGGUAAUUCUACAAACAUGCCUGAAAUAGCAUCAUCAUCCCACAUCGUAUCUUUAACUCCUAAAUCUGAUCUGGAGCUUCAUGUACCUUCUGUUUUCCGGAACUGUUCUCCAACAGUACAGAGCAUCAAAAACACGAGCAAUAAUCACAGUGAAAUUUUCAAAAAAGAUUCCUGUGAGGAGAACGACAACAAAAUGGCUAUGCUAGUUUGCUUAAUUAUAAUUGCAGUGCUUUUUCUUCUCUGUACCCUUCUGUUUCUAUCAACUGUGGUCCUGGCAAACAAAGUCUCAUCUCUCAGACGAUCAAAACAAGUAGGCAAGCGUCAGCCUAGAAGCAAUGGCGAUUUUCUGGCAAGCAGUGGUCUCUGGCCUGCUGAAUCAGAUACUUGGAAAAGAGCAAAGCAGCUCACAGGCCCCAGCCUAAUGAUGCAAUCUACUGGAGUGCUCACAGCUACAAGGGAAAGAAAAGAUGAAGAAGGAGCUGAGAAACUCACUAACUAACAGGUGCUUUAGUGAAGAAAAAUGCAAAGCAGCAAUCAGACAGUUUAUGAAGUAAAAAUGAAGUCAGUGUGAUAUUUAAUGCCAACGUGUUGGUUGGUCUGAUGUCUAAAAUCUGACAUGGCAGGCUUGCGAUCUGAACCAAGCAGGUGAGAAGGAGAGAAGUAGGCCUGCUUACUUAAUUACUUAAACUGUGUGUUUUAGGUCUGACACUGAAUAUUUUAAAAAGCAAAUAAUAAAACAACCUACCAUUUGGGAAAGGUUUUAAAGACUAGUUGAAGGAACUAAGAGAGGUAGAAAAGGACAAUUAAGUAGUUCCUGUUCAGCAAUAGUAGUCAGAUGAUCUUUGUCUGAAUGUAAUUUAACUUUGAAGAGUUUCACAGUAUGCCCUUAGGAGCAAGUAUAUGCUUCAACAUCUAACAGAGGUCAAGUUAUCAAUGCAUAGAGUUGAAAUGUAUAGUUCAAUGGUACUUCUCAGCUGAAUACGACGGGAUCCGUACCAGCUCACAUAUCAAUACAGCUAAUUUUAUGCUAGAUGUUUUAAUCUUAACUAUGGCACACUUGUUUUUCUACUAUAAAUAUUUAAUUAAAACUUUUAAUUUUGUAUAAUAAAUUAAGAUUUGUUAGAAUAAAAUUGACUGUAUAUCUGCAUGCACAUCAUUAUCUUAGAGAACACCACGAAGAUCAAUAAGAAAUGGAGCAUAACCGAAACAGAUGAGGUUUACAGCCACACCAGAAGACCGAGUAUAACUGUAAAGCAUAUCUUACUGUUUAAGUGUAACACACCUCUAUUCCAUAAAUGCUGCUUACUGGAUUAUUUAUAGCAAAUAUCCAAAGGCUGAUUAAUUUUUGGACUUCAAGGAUGCCAAGUGGCCUAAUAAAUGACCAAUUUAA